CUCCGGCCAAUGAUUGCUAACCGAUUUCUCGUUAGCUCGAAUGGAAAUGUCCGUCUCUGUCUGAUUUUUUAUUUGUUGUCUGAGUGGAUGAGGGCUGCUCAUCAGGAAGUAUCCAGCGGGCGAAAAUUUAUAAACGAUUAUUUAACAUUUCGGCCCCCGGCCACGUUUUGCUCCGCUCGGUAUGACAAAGAACAGGCCUGUCUCUGCAGGCGCGAAUUGCAGUGGACUUACAAUGAACAUGUUUUCAAGGGACACUAUGUACCUGAAUAGGUUAACGUUAACUACAGAAGAUGGACGGAGACAGCUCGACCACGGACGCCUCCCAGCUGGGCAUCGCCGGAGAGUACAUGGCAUCCGGUCACUACGUUCUCCAGUCUCAAGAUGAUGACGGCGAGGAGAAUCUGAAUGACCACGAUGACAGCGGUAUCAAAGAGAACUUCAGGGAGCAGGACAUCUAUCUUCCUAUCGCCAACGUGGCUCGCAUCAUGAAGAACGCCGUUCCUCAGACUGGAAAGAUCGCGAAAGACGCCAAGGAGUGCGUUCAGGAGUGCGUGAGCGAGUUCAUCAGCUUCAUCACGUCGGAGGCGAGCGAGCGCUGCCACCAGGAGAAGAGGAAGACCAUCAACGGGGAGGACAUCCUGUUCGCCAUGUCCACGCUGGGCUUCGACAUGUACGUGGAGCCGCUGAAGCUCUACCUGCAGAAGUUCCGAGAGGCCAUGAAGGGCGAGAAGGGGAUCCCCGGGGUGUCGGUGGGAGAAGGCCUGGGAGAUGAACUCACGGACGACAGCUUCACAAACCCACUGCCAGCUGGGAUUAUCACAGCAGACGGUCAGCAGCAGAACGUCAUGGUGUACACCACCUCAUAUCAACAGAUCCCCACCGUGCAGCAGAUCCAGUUUUCAUGACGAGGCCUGACCCCCCUCCCCCACCGAGCCUGAACACGGCGGCUCGUUUCACCAGGCACCGAUCGGCGGGUUGACCAUCUGACCCCUCCCCCCCCGCCACAGGGUAGAGGUUAUCAGACAGACAAGGAGAAGGGAGACGGAGGGGGGGGUAGAGGGAUGCGUCUGCAGAAACCCCCUCAUGUACAGAGCAAUCACUACUUGUUGAGUAGAAAGUCUAGUUCCUAGUUGUGAGGUACCAAAUGUUUUGGGAGUGCAGUCCAAAGCAGUUGGCAAAAUUGAGGCUUUAUUUUAAAGGCUAGUCUUUAUGACAUGAUUUAGUGGUCGGAAUAUGUUUUGUGUGCGUUCAUGUGUUUGCUUUUAUGCAUUUAAUUGAUUUGCGGAGGAGGUUGGGGUGGGGGGGAGGGGGAAUAAUGGGAAGUGUUGGAUGUUUAUUUUUGAACACCUCUGUGUUAACGGAGAGAAGGCACGUUGUUACUGCCACAUCAGAUCAUGCAGCUCUUUUGUAAGUUGACACAAUUUACCAUGUGCUUUAAUGUUAUGUAAAUCCUUUGAAUAAAAAUUCAAAAGUGAUGUUAAAAA